CGUGACGAACUUUGCUCCUCACCUAAAUUCUAAACCCAGGAUCACAAAAUUUCAAUCUUCCAACGUACCUCCCUAAUAUACCUAGGUAUUCCUGAAGCCUCUUUCUCACCCUCUCUUCUUUUCGAUCAAUACUCCUGGAGCAACUACCCGCACUUUAUUUCCUUUAACCGUCUCCAUGGUCUUGCAUUCCACCGCCAUACCAAUCCUACAGCUCCUAUAGCCAGAUCAUCAACCAGCAGCCAACCUUUCCUUUUUCUCGUUUGUUCGCUACGAUACCUACCCCUCGGAAUGCCAUGAGCGAAACACCUCGACAGCGGACUGGCGGUUUCCCACAAACCCCAGGUACCGCAGCAGCAAAUGGCCGCAAGGCUCCUAUAAACCCACCGACUCCUCCGUCAACAACAUCAUCCCGGGUCAAUCGAUCAUCGUCCCUUCCCCUAGCGCCCGAAAGCGCACCUCGCCGGAACCCGAGCGAACCACUCAUUCCCCUGACCCUGCUAGACGGGCCGCAACAACGCUUCUAUGCCGCAGCAACCUACGCCCUUCUGUGGGCCUACAAGCUAUACGACUAUUCUGCCGUCGUACGGGACGACGAAAUAUCCGUCUGGCUGUUUCUCAAAUGGGUCCUGAUAGACUUCGCAUUUCUCUUCGGUCUGCCCGAGCUGCGGAUACCAUGGCUGGAACUUUCUCAAUCCACCGUUUUAACGGUAUGGGCCAUUCAGUCCUUCGUCAACUGGCUGUUGAUGUUUAACGUUGGUUUUCCUCUGCAGCCAUGGAUUCUCGGUCUCGCAAAGGUUUUUUACGACCGGGAGAUCUCCGUGUCUGAACAGAGCGUCAAAGUCUCGUCGAUCCUCCAUAAUCACUCGCUCAUCAUGGGCAAGCAAAUCAUCAACAUCCUACCUGAAGGGUCGGCGGUACUCAACUUUGAACAGACUCCUUUCUGCCUCGGCUCUGGUGGCCGCGAUGUUGCCAAAUUGCCGAUACAAUUUAAUUCGACCGUGCCUGCCGAGAUUGAACUUGUCCGCAUCGAUUUACAGACCGACCAGGAGGAAAUCAUCAAACUCAGCAAGAAAGAAGUCAACAAGAUUGCGAGGGGCAUCAAGGAGCUCAUGACGGACUCCAGCCCCGUGGUCCACACAGUCGAUCUCCCGGUGAAGAAAACGGGCAUCUAUCGAUUAAAGAAGGUUCUGGACGAGUAUAAGCUGGAGGUACAGCGGAAUACCAAGGACACAUACGUGGUGCCUUGUCCACAAGCCAAGUUCCGCACACUAGAUGCUUCAGGUCGGUGCAUCAGAGACCUCUCUGAUCUGCUUGUUGAUGUGGUCGGUACGCCGCCUCUCAAGAUCGUGUACAGCCGGACCGUCAACGGCAAAGACCGCAGCUUCCACUUCCAGAGCCUUCAGCCAGACGACUACUCGUCCCCGCUCCUGGGCUCUCCGUCCGCACCUCUUGUCCUGGCCGAGGAAAAAGACAUUUCGUGGGUAAAGCCCAGGGCUGUCGAGGUCCGUCUCAACGAGACCCUGGGGGUGUCGGGCCAGUGGCAGUACGCCGUCGACGAAGUCCAGGACGGUUUUGGCAACCUACAGAGAUACGCCGAACCGGGCGAGGACGCUGAUUUCCACCCUCGGCCGAAACAUCUUGUCCGGAACUUUGAGGUCAAAGAACGCCCCCAGGCGCGACUCAAGGGUUGUGAUCUUAGAAAUCCGCUCAAAGUCGCGAAAGGGAAAGCGACCGAGCUUCCUAUAAGCUUCACCCUACCUGGGAGAACCCCCGAAGACACCUCGCACACCAUUACCUGGGACUUCUCGCCCAUCGAUACACUCACUAACAGCGGGGAGCAUGGUGACCAUGUCUCUAUUGGGUCCUAUACGGCCACCAACUCACACGAUAAACCCUCGGUUUCUGCCCCUGGUCUAUACACCCUCAAGUCGAUUUCGGCCCGUUCAUGCGAUGGCGAGAUUCAGGAGCCGUCGUCAUGUCUUCUGCUCAACCCGCUCGAACCUAGCUUCUCGAUUCGCGCCGAGGAGAUUCCCGAUAAGUGCGCCGGCAACUCGGUUGGCCUACGAGUGGACUUGGAUUUGACCGGAACGCCGCCUUUUUCGAUACACUAUGAGGUCGUACAUCGCGACCGCGUCCGUGCGGAGACCGUGUAUAUCGAAGGCCUGAGACACCAGUUUGACCUUCUACCUAAGGAGGCCGGUCAUCACAAGUACGUGUUUAAGCAGAUCAGUGACGCCAUCUACAAGAAGCAACAUCUGGCCGGCUCGGACAUGGUGCUGGAGCAAGAUGUGAAACCAGCGGCGUCCGCCAUUAUCGAGCAUCCCACGGGCGUCCUGAGUGCCUGCUUGGAGGAACAGGUCGAGGUGGACAUCCUGCUCCUGGGUGACCCUCCCUUCUCCUUGGAGUGGGAGAUCGUUCAUGACGGCAAACGGAAGUCGGAAAAGGUUACCGGCAUCGACGCCUCGAGGUACAAGAUCAAGACGGCUCCUUUCGCGAAGGGAGGUGACCACAUUCUCGCGCUGAGCAGCAUCCAAGACAAAACCGGGUGCCGCACUUACCUGAAUGACGAGCUCAAGAUUUCCGUCAGAAGACAGAGGCCUCGCGCAGCAUUUGGCAUGAUCGAGAACAAGAGGAAGGUCAUGGCCGUUCAGGACGCAAAGAUUGAUCUUCCUCUGCGUCUGCAAGGCGAGGCGCCUUGGACAAUUGCCUACCGCAACGUCGACGGCAGCGGAGGGCUCCUCCAGAAGGUUGCGCGCAACGGCAACGAUGUCAUUACUGUGACCUCCAAGGGCGUCUACGAGAUAAUCGACGUCUCCGACAGCCAAUGUCCUGGUACAAUCGAUCCCCAAGCCUCGAAUUUCGAGGUCGACUGGUUCCCGCGUCCCGAGAUCAGCAUCGUUUCGUCGGAAGGUAUCUCUACUGCGCCAUCCGGCUUCGUCAAACGUGACGUGUGCGAAGGUGACAUUGACGGGUUCGAGGUCGGCUUACAAGGUUCCCCUCCGUAUCACGUUGAGUACGAAGUCCGCCACAAACCCCUUCACGGUUCGGGAUCCAUGACCCGGAAGGAGUUUGACGCUGCUCUCAACCGGGCGGCCAUCGCUAUGGACACGUCCAGGGCCGGCGAAUAUACCUACCAGUUCUUUGCUCUGGCAGAUAAUCUGUACAACAGCGACAGGAACUUCCGUCCUCUGCAAGUGCAACAGCGAGUCAAUGCCAAACCAUCUGCAGCCUUUGUAAAACCCGGUCAAUCCUUCAAGUACUGCAAGCAGGAGCAAGAGAACGAGGACAAGAUACCCAUCACACUGAACGGCGUCGCACCCUUCUACGUCGAGCUAGAGAUCAAGCAUCAUGGCGCAACCGUCCCCGAAACAUACAGGAUCCCGUCGAUCAACUCAAAUUCGCAUGGCAUUCAGAUCCCUCGGCAACACCUCCAGCUGGGCAUCCAACAUGUGCGCAUCCGGGAAGUCCGAGAUGCCAAGGGCUGCCAACAGAGAUACGACAUGCAUGCUCCCUCGGUCCAGGUUCAUCUUUACGACGCGCCGGCUAUCUAUCCUCUGGAGAGUCGGGAAGAUUUCUGCGUGGGUGAACGUAUUGCCUACACCCUUUCCGGCACGCCGCCUUUCGAGGUCUGGUACGAUUUCCAGGGUCAGCAACGAAAGGCCAAGUCCCAAACGACCAACUUCCGCCGCAUCGCCGAGACCCCUGGCGAGUUCACCAUCACGUCCGUCUCCGACAAGGCCUCGGAAUGCCGUGCCUCCGUCAACCUCACCAAGACCAUCCACCCGCUGCCGGCCGUGAAGAUGAGCCAAGGACGCGUGACGCGAGUCGACAUCCACGAGGGUAACGAGGUCGAGAUGCUCUUCGAGUUCUGGGGGACCCCGCCGUUCGAGUUUACCUAUACGCGGAGCACCAACGCGAAGAAGGGCCAGAAGAGCGUGGUCCUGGAGACGCGUCAUGACGUCUCGUAUGAGCACAGCAAAGUCGUGCGGACCAGCCAGGAAGGCACGUACGAGGUUGUUGCCAUUAAGGAUCGGUUCUGCUCUUUUUCGACGCAGCAGGUUGCCGAGAGGAAGGACCAGAAGCUUCUUAGGGGAUGAAGGGUCGGUCAUGGGAGACGAAAACUGCGAGGGUCAAAGGGCUGAUAGUUUUGGUGGAUGAUGGUUUUCCCCUGCUCCCACCAUCGGCGGUUGAGGAGGGUUUAGAUAUACACUGGUCGAGUUGUUGAAGCGAAGGGCGCUUUUAUAUCAUGGCAUGGCGUUUGAGUAAUUACUUUCCAUUGGGGAUUUUCGGGUUAAGUUAAAAUAAAUUACCU